UAUUCUCGUAUACACAUUGUUGUAGUGUAGAGUUCACUGACAGGAAUAACAUCACACUUUCUAAAGGAAGAACAUACGUAUAUACAACAAUGACCGACGCGAGGCUGACCUUGGUUGUGUUGGUGAUUCUCCAGAUAUUAAAUAUCAGCGAGGAGAAAAAUAACGUCAGAGUGGUAAUUGAAAAGAUGAGUUUCCUUGUAUCUGUCGACCAUGACUGGUUUUCUGGAUGUCCAGCCACUAUUAGGACACCAAUGCUGGUCCCUGCUACUCCACUGAAUGAAACAAAGAAUAUAAAUAUCUCCCAAUGUGACCAUGGUAAAUUGACGUAUAAUGUACGGUACCCAAGAUAUCCACCAGAUCCGAAAGUGGCCUCGGUUGUAGAUAUCUCCUUCUCGUCUGCUUACGUCGACAAUCCUCCGACCUGUAGCAUUCCUUGGAAUGUUUCCUAUCGAUUUCCAACUGGACAAAGCUACUCCUUUCUACCAGGCUGCUUUACUAAAGUUGUUCAGCCAGCAUUUGAUGUAUACUCGGAACACUCAUAUUAUUUUAAGAUCUACGAAUGGAAGGGACAUUUCGAGACAAUCAGUGAGCAUGCUUAAAGCAAACUCCUGAUACUUUCUCUUUUCUUCCCACCAUAACCUUUUUUUACCUAAAAUGUAAACAUUAUACAUGGCUUGUACAGUAUACAGUAUUUUGUAGAUAUAGAAUAUAUUUAUAUCAAGUAUUCAAAA